AUGAUUUGUGUUACCGGCAACACUGACUUCGUCGCUGAAGGUGAAGUGACCUUAAAGUCGCUGCUGUUCAUCCCGAAGGUUCAGCCAUCGGAGAGUUUCAACAAGUACGGUACCAAGUCGGACAACAUCAAGCUGUUUGUCCGCCGGGUGUUCAUCACCGAUGAGUUCAACGACAUGAUGCCCAACUAUCUGAACUUCUUCCGGGGUGUCGUCGACUCGGACGAUCUGCCGCUGAACGUUUCCCGUGAAACCCUCCAGCAGCACAAGCUGAUCAAGGUCAUCAAGAAGAAGCUCGUCCGCAAGGCGCUCGACAUAAUCAAGAAGCUGGAGAAGGAAACGUACGACAAGCUCUGGAAGGAAUUCUCCACCAACGCCAAGCUGGGAAUCAUGGAAGACCCCAGCAAUCGGUCCCGUCUGGCCAAGCUGCUCCGGUUCCAGUAGUCCAACAGCAAGAGCUCCAAGGAGUACACCAUUCUGGCCGAUUACGUCUCUCGGAUGAAGCCCAAGCAGGAACACAUCUACUUCAUUGCCGGAUCUUGCUGUGCCGAAGUCGAGAAGACUCGCUUCGCCGAACGCCUGCUCUCACGUGGCUACGAAGCCCUGUGCCUGGUUGAAGCCGUUGACGAGUACUCCAUUUCCGCUCUGCCCGAGUUCGACGGCAAGAAGUUCAAGGAAGGCUUCAUCCUGAACGAGUCCGAGGAAGCCAAGGCCAACUUUGACGAACUGAAGACCGAAUUCGAACCGCUGCUGAAGUGUUGGAACGAUGUCGCCCUCAAGGACAAGAUAGCCAAGGCCCUGGUCUCGGAACGUCUAUCCAACUCGCCUUGUGCCCUGGUUGCUUCCAUGUUUGGCUGGACCGGCAACAUGGAACGUCUGGCUCUGGCCAAUGGCCACCAGAAGACUGAUGACCCACAACGGCAGUACUACCUGAACCAGCGCAAGACCCUCGAAAUCAACCCCCGGCAUCCGCUGAUGCGCGAGCUGCUCUGUCGAGUAGAAGCCGAUUCCGAUGACGUUGUGGCCAAGGAUAUGGCCGUCCUGAUGUUGAACACCGCCACCCUGCGGUCCGGAUUCCAGCUGCCAGAAACGGCCAACUUUGCCGACAGCAUCGAGCGGAUGAUGCGCCAGACCUUGGUCGUCUCGCAGGACGAACAACCGGAACCGAAGGAGUUCGUCGAGGAGGACACCGGCGCGGACUCCAAGGAUGAGCAAGAAGAAGUUAACGCCGACGAAGAUGCCGAGCAUGACGAACUGUAAAACGUACCACAGCAUUUAGAGACGUGAGUGUGCUAGUGGAUUGAUGAAUGCGCGAGAAUGUAGGGAGAAAGGACUGAUUUUAGCCCGAGAGAUA